UAAAUAUCAUGUACUUUGCAAGGAGACUAAUUACUCACCGCGGUCCUCGCCGGGACAGCCUGGGCAGCACGAAGCGAUUACGCCGAUUAGUCUGUCGAUGUAAUUCCUGCAGCCGUUCUUAACCAUCGCCUUAGGAAAGUUGAUCCGGUACAGGGACGCGGUAUCGUUAAGGCGGCGUGGACCAAGGAAAUUCUCAGUGCUAGAAAGAGGGAUUCCCAAAAAAGACCUGAAAGAGGUCUAGGCUGUAUUGGCUAGCGACUGGGAGAGCUUACUCUUAUUCGUAGAAUGCUCUAUGCUCCAGCCCUUGCAAUUGAGCCGAUUUUACGGGAAACACUUGGUCGACAAUUUUGGCUAUGUCCUGGCUUAUUUUAACUGGUAGAUACGCCGUCCUGCUGUUUCCGUGUGGCCCUGGCAUCUGUGUCCUUCAAUUUCUAGCUAAAGGUACUUCCAUCCUGCCACACAGAUUCGGACUGGCAAUUGAAUCAGUCGCCAUCUCAUAUGUCUGGGGCUGGUUUAAUGUACAGACAGAUGGAUUGGAUACACUUGGGUGAUUGGAGGCCAGAGAUUGUACUUGAGCCAAGAGCGAAAAAGUCAUGGACCUUGAAAGGUGGCUGGGCAAAGACAAGCAGACAGAUGGCCUUACCAUGAGAGAACUUGGAACUGAAUCCUGCGCGAUGAGGGUUUCAGCACGCACACUAAUUGAAAGCAUGACCACUUGCGCGG